AUGUCAUCAGAUGGAGAAUUUACGAGAACUCAGAUAUUUGGUACAGUAUUCGAGAUUACCAACAGGUACACAGACUUAAACCCGGUUGGUAUGGGUGCUUUUGGGUUGGUUUGCUCUGCCGUUGACAAAUUGACUGGUCAAAAUGUUGCUGUCAAGAAAAUCAUGAAGCCCUUUUCCACUUCGGUUUUAGCCAAGAGAACUUAUAGAGAGUUGAAAUUGUUGAAGCAUUUGAGACACGAAAACUUGAUUACGUUGGAUGAUAUUUUUAUUUCGCCAUUGGAGGAUAUUUAUUUUGUUAAUGAGUUGCAAGGUACUGACUUACAUCGAUUAUUGACGUCCAGACCUUUGGAAAAACAGUUUAUACAAUAUUUCACAUACCAGAUAUUAAGAGGUAUGAAGUACAUACAUUCAGCCGGGGUUAUUCAUCGUGACUUGAAACCAUCAAAUAUCUUGAUCAAUGAAAACUGUGAUUUAAAGAUUUGCGACUUCGGGUUGGCUAGAGUCCAAGACCCACAAAUGACCGGUUAUGUUUCUACAAGGUACUAUCGUGCACCAGAAAUUAUGUUGACUUGGCAAAAGUACGAUACCGAGGUUGAUAUUUGGUCGGUGGGAUGUAUAUUGUCGGAAAUGAUUGAGGGCAAACCUUUGUUCCCAGGUAAGGAUCAUGUACAUCAAUUUUCCAUUAUAACGGAGUUGUUAGGAAGUCCACCGGCAGAUGUCAUUGACACCAUUUGUUCCGAGAAUACAUUGAGGUUCGUACAAUCAUUACCUCAUAGAGACCCUAUUCCUUUCAACGAGAGAUUUGCAUCUUGCACUCACGUUGAGCCUGAAGCAAUUGACUUGUUGUCUAAGAUGUUGGUUUUUGACCCCAAAAAGAGAAUUAGCGCAGCAGAGGCUUUGACACAUCCAUACAUGGAACCUUAUCAUGACCCAACCGAUGAGCCAGUUUGUGAGACUAAGUUUGAUUGGAGUUUCAAUGACGCUGACUUGCCAGUUGACAAUUGGAGGGUGAUGAUGUAUAGAGAGAUUUUAGAUUUCCACCAAAGUAUUGGAGUCGGUGGUAGUGGUCUUGACUAUCAACAACAACAAGUUGCUGACGCAGAUGGAAACACUGACAAGUUGGAGGAGUUGAAUCGACAACAACAGCAACUUGCACAGGAACAGCAAACAUAG